CCGCCCACCACUCACCAUGGCGGAGCCGGGCUCGGCGACUACGAAAGAGCUGGAGGAGCUCGGAAUCGAGGCUUCGGCGUUUGAGGCGCUGGAGCGGGACUUUCAGGAGACGCUGCAGCAGCUGGUGGGCGACUCGUCGCUGGCCAAGUUUCGGCAAGAGUAUUCGAAGCUCCACCGAGCGCUCUCCAAGUCAUAUGCAUCAGAGAAGCGACUGCUGAACCGAUGCAAGGCGCUGCAGGGCGAGAUUGUUUCCAACUCGGCCAAGGUCCAGCAGGCGCUCAAGAUGUCGCAGGAGGACCAGAAGACCAUUGCGCAGUUGACCAAGGAGAUCGAGAAGGCAUGGAAGAUGGUGGAUGUAGCCAACGCCAAAGAGGCCAAGGCCAAGGAGACGAUCAACUCGCUGCGGGAGGCCAUCGACAAGCUCAAGAAGCUUGUGGAGCAGGGCGCUGGGUUCUCGAUCGGACAGGAAAACUCAGUCAACGAGCUGUUCCGGGUCAAGGAGGAGCUGCAGAAGGAGGUGGACCUGCAUGUGGCCAAGAUCAACCAGCUUCGGCUGGACAUCAAUGCCGAGCGUGAGCGCACCUCGCAGUUGCAAGCCGAGAAGGCCGCCGCCGAGCAGCAGAUCACCAUGCUGCAGGAGGCGAUCCGGACUCGGGUGGUCGAGUUUGGCCGCGAGACGCAGGAGAAGCAAAAACUGAACAAGGAGCUCGACGACCUGCGUCGCGAGCUCGCGAGCUCGCAGGACGAGAUCAAUGCCAAGAACGAGUCGAUUGCGUCGCUGCAAGACCAGCUGCAAUACACGCUCGCCGAGGUCGACCAGCAAAAGGCCGAGGUCGAGAACUAUCAGUCGCUGCUCGGGCAGAUGGAGUCGAACGAGGCUGCGGCCAAGGACGCACUCAACAAGGCGCAUGAGACCAUUGUGCAGCUGCAGGGCAACGCUAAAGAGCAGAACAAUCUGCUCGACCAGCACAAGGCUGAGAUCGAGCGGACUCGCAAGCUCGUCCGUGACGAGCAGCGCAAGUACGCGGCGCUUCAGGAAAAGGUGGUCCAGGCCAAGAACGCCCGCAACGUGGUCGAGGCCGAGAAGGCCGACCUGCUCAAGGCCAUCACCGAGCUCAACCACCAGCUCGAGCUCGAGACGCUCGCCAAGCGCGAGCAGGACCGGGUCAUCUCGUCGCUCUCAGCACAGACGAGCAAGCUCAAGAAGGGGACGGAGAAGGAGCGGACCAAGACCGAUGCCCAGAAGGAGGUCGUCCGCAAGCUCGCCAACGACCGCAAGGUCCUCGAGACCCACAUCGACAAGUACAAAAAGGCGGCGCAGGACCACCGCAAGAAGAUCCACGAGCUCGGGCUCAAGAAGGACAAGUUCCGCUCGCUCACCAUGGAGCUCUCGACUAAGCUGCUGCAGACGCAAGAAGAGCUCAAGAUCAAGGACCUUGUCAUCUUUGACAAGAAGAAGAAGCUUCGCGAGGCCAAGGUCAAGCUCAAGCAGCAGCAGAUGCUGUACGAGGCGGUGCGGUCGGACCGCAACCUCUACUCGAAGCAGCUCAUCGAGGCACAGGACGACAUUGCCGAGUACAAGCGCAAGUUUGACAUUCUCAACCACCAGAUUGACCAGCUCAAGGAGGAGAUUGUCGUCAAGGAGCAGGCCAUCUUUACCGAGCACAUGACCCACAUGCGGGUGCAGAAGGACUUUGCUGCCAAGCAAAUUCAGCUCUCGGUCCUCGGCUCUCAAAUCUACGAGGCUCGCAAGUUCCAGCAGGCCCAGGCCGAGGAGCUCUCCAAGCUCAAGCACAUCAUCAACGAGGCCGACACCGAGCGAAUGCGCCAGAAGAAGGCGCUCGAGGCCGCCCGCAACGAGCGUGACAUCCUCGGAACGCAGCUCAUCCGGCGCAACGAUGAGCUCGCCCUCCUCUACGAGAAGCUCUCCAUCAACCGCUACACUCUCGAAAAGGGCGAGAAGCAGUAUGCGCAGCGGGUCAAGGAGAUUCGCGCCCUCAAGUCGAAGAACAAGGAGCUCCGCCGCCAGCUCAAGCUGCUCGACGGGCAGACAGCCCAUGUCGACUCGCUCAAGAUGGCCGUCUUCCAGCUCCAGCGCGAGCUGCUGCAGGAGCGCAACAGAGUCAAGGCCCUUUCGGAGGAGCUGGAGAACCCGAUGAACAUCCAUCGCUGGCGCAAGCUCGAGGGCACCGACCCGGACAAGUACGACCUCAUCCGCAAGAUCCACACUCUGCAAAAGCGGCUCAUCGCCAAGACCGAGGAGGUUGUCGAGAAGGAGCUUCUCAUCCAGCAGAAGGAAAAGUACUACAUCGAGCUCAAGAACGUCCUCGCACGCCAGCCGGGCCCCGAAGUUGCCGAGCAGCUCAACGUCUACCAGGCCUCGCUCAAGGCCAAGACCCGUGAGCUCAAGGCCCUCGCCGCAGAGCUCAACAUGUCUGUCGCUCAGGUCAACGAGUUCAAGUACGAGAACGAGCGCCUCGCCCGCGAGCUCAACUCGGUCAAGAAGCGAUUCUUUGAGAUGAAGAAGAAGGAGACUCGCCGCAAGCGCGCCGCCGCAGAGGACAAGGCCGCUGCCGCUCCCACAGCCUCGCCUGGUAAGAUUCCGGUCCAGCCCGACCCGGAUAUGCGUCGGUUUGCCGGCGGCGGCUUUGCCAUCCAGUGAUCCACUUGCGUAAAACGAACGCCCUACCCA